AUGUCGAAACCACAUUAUUCAUCGAAUGUGAAACGAAAAGUCGCCGAUCCCAUAGAUGAGGAAUUUGGAAGUUUUGAACAAUAUACCAAAGGAAUCGGUUCAAAGCUGAUGCAGAAAAUGGGUUAUAAUGUAGGGGAAGGUCUCGGCGUGCGUGGAGGAGGGAUAGUAAAUCCAAUAGAGACCAAGUUGCGUCCAGGGAAGCUGGGGUUGGCUUAUGGUGGGUUCCAAGAGAAAGUGCAAAGUGAAGAGGAGAAACAACCAGAGAUAACCGCGCAAGCAACAAAACCAAAAAAGAAUGCUUGGAAAGCAAAGGCUAAACGGCCCAAAGUAGAAUAUAAGACCGCGGAAGAGAUCAUUACAGGAAUUGAGGAGGAUGAUGCCUCUGGUGCUUCUAUAAAGCCGAUGAAGAUUAUAGAUAUGACGGGGCCAACGGCGCGCGAAAUCACAUCGACAAGUCAGAUCUCUUCGUCGCUUUUUGCGCAAGAUGCUGUCUCUGGUCGUCUACCAGAGCUACGGUAUAACCUGCGACUGAUUGUUGACAUGUCACAGUCUGAUUUGGAGCAUAUAAUUAGAGAACAACGGAUCCAGAAAGGACGAAUAAAAUCAUUCGAUACUGAACAGAUAAGGGUGGAAAAACUGGUGCAUUCGGAAGCUAAUAAAAUUAAGCGACUCAACGAAAUAAUGGGUAUAUUGAAAGAAUGUGAAAGAUUGCUAUUAUCUAUCUUAUCAUCAGAAGAAGAUCAAGAAGAUUUUUCUUCACUCCAGGAUAUCUAUCAGGCAUUCGAUAAACUCCAAACAGAGUAUGAAGAAGAGUAUUCUUUGUAUGGCUUGGAUUCCGCUGUUGUGGCCAUUAUCUCGCCAUUAAUAAAAAGGAGUGUAAUCGAUUGGGAUCCAUUAAGUGAUCCAACAACUGCGCAUUGGUUGGAAAUGCUAAAGAAAUGGCAGCGGUUACUGAAGACAAGCGUUCCUAUAAAUAAUAACAACAGCUAUGGUUCAAAUGGUGAUAGAUUUGGAUUUACUAAAAAUCUAAACAAUUCAACCACAAUGACACCUUACGAAAGUAUGAUGUAUAAUAUUUGGUUGCCUAAAGUGAGAUCAGCGAUAAAUAACUUCUGGAGCGCCAGAAAAUAUGAACCAGUCAUCAAGCUUCUCGAGAACUGGAAUCCACCAACAUUGCCCACAUUCAUCUACGACAACAUACUCGUGCAACUCAUUUUCCCGAAACUAGAACAAGAAGUUGACAACUGGAAUCCGAAAAAAGAUAAAGAAAUGAUACACCAUUGGGUGCACCCGUGGCUACUAAUUUUACAAGAACGAUUGGAGCCGCUGUAUGUGCUGAUUCGACAGAAAUUUGUUGUUGCACUGCAGGCGUGGCAUCCUUCCGAUUCGAGCGCUUUUGAAAUUUUAUAUCCGUGGAAAACGGUUUUUAAGAAAAAGGAAAUGCAAUCACUUUUGCUUAAGUCUGUUUUGCCGAAACUGGCUACGAUUCUAAGAACAGAAUUACAAAUAAAUCCAAAGCAACAGGAUAUCAAACCAUUCAAGUGGGUAAUGGAGUGGUAUGGAUUGUUUUCGGCAGAGGAUUUUGGCCAACUUUUCGCAACAGAAUUCUUUCCAAAGUGGCUCGAUAUAUUACAUGUUUGGUUGACGCAUAAUCCUAAUUAUGAUGAAGUUAAUAAAUGGUGUACUUUUUGGAAUGAACAAUUCCCCCCAGAAAUGGCACACGUGAUCGAAUCCCACUUUAUACAAGCAUUAGACAUGAUAGAUGAGGGUAGUGCACUUGGAGUGGACUCGGCUGCAAGAUUACGACAUCCUUCAGAAAAAUCCAAUAUUCCCGAAGAGCCGACAACCAUUCCAUUUGCAAAAGAUAACAUUACAAUAACGAUAGAAACGAUAUCCCAUAAGGAUAUUAUCGAGGACUUUGCCCAAGAGCACAACUACCUGUUCUUGCCUGUCAACAAGACCCACGCCGCGUCCGGGAAACCGUUGUUCCGGUUUGGUUGCUCACUGCAGGGUGUGGGCGGUGUGCUCUUGUAUAUGAAGGAUGAUGUAAUGUAUGCGCAAGAGGAAUCAAAACAGUGGGUGCCUAUAGGAUUUGAUGAAUUGUUGGAGAAAGCCGAACGUCUGAGUCAAAAAGAUUCAUAA